CUCAUAACCAACUUCUUCUCUCAGUUAAAACUUAUUAAAUACAGUACACAUCUCUUGCUCUUCUUAUUGUUCUUCAAGUAACAUAUAAAGACACUGCAGAAAUGUGUAAUGGUGCCAGUGAAUGGAUUUCAUCACAUACUAUCCGCUUCCAUAUCCAAAGACAACAGUCAAAAAGAUGUAGGGUUCGAGUUCACAGGCUUUCUAGGAGAAAAAGGCAUGAAGAAAAUGGUGGGAAGGACAUGGAACUAAAGAACUUGAAGCUGUAUAUGGAGAACAUCAGUAUUUCAGAAGAGAAUGAGAAAUUGAGGAAGAAGGCUACCCUCCUCCACCAAGAGAACCUUGCUCUGAUGUGUGAGUUGCAAAAGAAAUUCUCUGGGUUCGAUCGUCUCUCCGACACAAUUUCCUAGUUCUUCAUAAACAAUUAUAUCAAAUAAUGUAAUCAAUUUCGUUUCCUUAUUCCUUUUUUGCUUUUGUUCUCCACUCUAGCUUCUUUCUUUCCUUGGUAUGUCCCUAAUAUUUUUUUUAAUGUUGUUGGACUGUAUAAGGGAAAGUGGGUAUGUCUGGUAUUUUAUGUUGUUA